AUGGUGGCUACUGUAGCUUACGGUAGCACCUGGGAGAAAAUGGCCACUAUGGCGGAUACGAAUUAUGAUGAAGCGACACAACAAGAACAACUAAAGACUAUGAUUUCGGAAGAAGUAAAGAAGGGAAUUGAGGCUAGCAUUCCCCGACUAGCUCAAGAAGUUGAAGGGCAAGUAUUGGGGGUAGUUGAUACUUUAGUAACGUCCAAGGUGGAGGAAUUGAAGGAAAUGAUUAAUGAACUGCAAACGAAGAAAAGUACUCGGAGAUGUGAAGUGGAGGAUCAAGUAAUGUUUGCUACGGGCCUCCUACAGCUUCAAGCAAAGGAUUGGUGGGACACGUACUCGAAGGAAUUGGGGAAUGAUAAAGUACAAACGUUUUCAUGGCAAGAGUUCAAGGAGCUAUUUCUGAAAUAUCAUAGUCCACAAUCCGCAAUAGAUAAGAUUCAAGAAGACUUCUUACGUCUCCGACAAAAGGUUGAAACGAUUGACGAGAUAACAAACAAGUUCCUUGAUAAGGUGAAGUUUUGUGGGGAGAUAGCGGGGACUGAGAGGUUAAGAAUUAUACGUUAUCAUGCUAUUUUAAAGAGUGAAUAUCGGGAGUUCGCAAGAGAUAGGGAGAUUGAGAUAAAAAGGCAGGUUGAACGGGGAGAGAAAAGGGUGGCGGAGAAGCCUACCAACACAAACCCAUCGAAAAAGGCAAGAUAUCAAGACCAAACAGGAAAGGGAAAGGAAGUAGGGGAAUUCCGACUUGCAAGACAUGUGGGAAGCAUCAUUCGGGCGAAUGUUUGUUGGGAAAGAAAGGAUGCUACAAAUAUGGGCAAGAGGGACAUCUCGGAAUGUCCGAAACUCCAACAAGGGGCAAAGAAAGAUGGAAAGAAGGAUGAGCCUUCCAAGGCUCACGGGAGGAUGUUCCAGCUAACCUCGGAUGAAGCUAAGGCUAGCCCGGAUGUGGUUUUAGGUAUAUUCUUGGUUAAUUCUAUGCCUAUGAAUGUUUUAUUUGAUUCCGGGGCUAGUAGGUCGUUCAUUUCUAAUGAAUUGCUAGUUCAUCCAUCGUUAAAGCUUGAAAAGAUGUUAGUACCCUUAGAAGUGGAAGUUGCUGAUAGUAAAAGCUAUUUGUUGCAUGAUAUUUGUAGAAAUUGUAAGAUCUUAAUCGAAGAUGAGGAAUUUAGUAUAGAUCUUAUCCCGAUGUAUAUGGUGGAAUUUAAAGUAGUUGUAGGAAUGGAUUGGCUUGCCCAAAACCACGCUGAAAUUCAAUGUGAAAAGAAAGUCAUCCAUAACGGAGGAAGGGCGUAUCUAUCUUAUGUGAUUGACACCAAUCGAGGUGUUCCAAAGCUUGAAGAAGUGAAUGUAGUGAAUGAAUAUCCGGUUGUGUUUCCGGAAGACUUACCUGGGCUUCCGCCCGAACGGGAAGUAGAGUUCAAAAUAGAGCUUAACCCGGGUGCAAAGCCGGUAGCCAAAGCUCCUUAUCGGUUGGCCCCGACCGAAAUGAAAGAAUUAAUGACGCAACUUCAGGAGUUGCUCGAUAAGGGUUUCAUUAAACCAAUUGUUUCACCAUGGGGAGUGCCCCUUCAAGGGGCAAGUUGGUUUUCGAAAAUUGAUCUGCGGUCAGGUUAUCACCAACUGCGUGUACGAGAAGAAGAUGUGCCGAAGACUGCGUUUCGAACACGUGAAGCAGAGCAUGCUUCCCACUUACGUGAUGUAUUAGAGACGCUUCGUAAGGAGAAGUUAUAUGCAAAGUUCUCAAAGUGUGCCUUUUGGCUUAGAGAGGUACAAUUUUUGGGUCUUGUAAUCGACGCGGAUGGCGUCCACGUGGACCCGUCCAAAGUAGAUGCAGUGAUGAAUUGGGUUCCCCCGAAAAAUCCAAGCGAAAUAAAAAGUUUUCUAGGCUUGGCUGGGUAUUACAGAAGAUUUAUCCAGGAUUUCUCCAAGAUAGCCUCGCCCAUGACGAAAUUAACAAAGAAGAGUGAAAAGUUUAUAUGGGGCGAAGAACAAGAGAAGGCGUUUCAGACUUUGAAAGAAAAGUUCUCAAAUUCUCCGGUGUUGACACUACCGGAUGGAACGGAUGAUUUGGUAGUAUAUACUGACGCCUCCCACCAAGGUUUAGGUUGUGUAUUAAUGCAAAAGGGUAAAGUCGUUGCUUAUGCCUCAAGACAACGCAAGCAGCAUGAAAGCAAUUACCCAACUCAUGAUCUAGAAUUGGCGGCAGUUGUGUUUGCCUUGAAGAUAUGGAGGCACUACCUAUAUGGGGUGAAAUGUACUAUUUACUCGGAUCAUAAAAGCCUCAAAUACUUUUUUGAGCAGAAAGAUCUUAAUAUGAGGCAACGAAGAUGGUUGGAACUCAUUAAGGACUAUGAUUGUGACAUUCAUUACCAUCCCGGAAAGGCUAAUGUAGUGGCAGACGCUCUAAGUCGGAAGGAGUACCCGCCCCCAAUUCGGGUAAAAUCUAUGAAGAUGGUAGUCACACCUAAACUCCUUAAUGACAUUCGAGAAGCUCAAACAAAAUCUUUAAAUGUCGGUGACUCAAAGAAAGAAAGGACAAAAGGAUUUAUUCAUGAAUUGAAAGAGAAUACGAAUGUGAAGGCCGAAACACCAAAGACCGUAUGGAAAGAUGCAGCCGUUGGAGAUACCGGUAUGGCAGUGGGAGCAUAUAACGAUGGAUUUGGUGACUAA